GACGAAUUUUUUACUGCAUACGUAUGCAUGUAUUGUAGCGAAAAAAUAGUUAACAUGUCUUCUCGGCCUGCGCCACCAAAUGCAAACGCUGCAAUAACUCGCUCUUCUGCAGCACCAGUUCAAAAUGUACAAGCAACGGCUUCUCCCUCUCAAAGUACCCCCGUACCAGCUUCAGCAGCACCACCUCGGGUUGCAGGGCCAAACCGUAACUCAACAAGAGUUCUCCCACCCGCGGCAACAGUUCAGAGUGCACCACCAACAGCUUCACCCCCUCAAAUUGUCCCUGCACCAGCGACAACAGGUGGCACUGCGCCAAGCGCAGCAGCAUCAUCUCCACCAGUACCCGCCACGCAAGUAGGACCUGCUUCAGCAUCUUCUCAAAAAACCUCACCACCUCCAAUACCUCCACCGCCAAUUUUUAUCGACGGAGUAAAUAAGUUAAUAAUCAUAUCAGAAUGCGCCACCUAUGCCCAACUAUUAAACGAAGUUGGACGAAAACAUCUAUUGGUCGAAUUUUUUGCACCUUGGUGCGGAGCUUGUAUGUUAAUAAAUAGAAAACUUGAAGAACUAGCAACUACGUAUAAUGGCAAAUUGAUCAUUGCAAAAGUUGAUGUUGACGACUGCGAGCAAAUAGCGAUUGAUAAUGACGUCAGUAUGAUGCCAUCGUUUUUAUUGAUGAAAGAAAACCAAAUAUUGGAAAAAUUUGCUGGGAGUAAUGAAGAAAAACUAAUUAACACUAUUAAAAAGUAUGUUGGAGAGCCGACGAACGGCAUAGAAGAGACAAAUAGCCUUACAGCGGAGCCAGGAAUCUAGGUCGAUAAAAUUAAUAUUUAUUUACAUAUCUGCUUAUGAGAUUAUUUCGAUAUAGUAAAAUCAUGAUCAUGUAGUAAAACUGUGAUU